AUGGCGACCACAGCAGCUGGCCGCAUGCUCACCCGGCAACUGCAGCAAAUGCAGUCGGACAAAGACAUUCCGGGCAUCAGCUGUGGUCUUGUUGACAGCAAUAUAUUCGAAUGGGAAGUCAUGCUCAUGAUCUCGGACGACUGCAAAUUCUACGGCGGAGGCUUCUUUCGAGCCCGCCUCGCCUUUCCCCCGGAAUAUCCUCACAUGCCGCCGAAAAUGAAAUUCGAGACCCCGAUCUUCCAUCCCAAUAUAUACCCGUCUGGCGAGGUUUGCAUAUCCAUCUUGCAUCCGCCCGAGGAAGACAAGUACGGCUAUGAGUCGGCGGCCGAGCGGUGGUCACCCGUGCAGACACCAGAGACUAUUUUAUUGUCGGUGAUUUCGAUGCUGUCGAGCCCCAACGACGAGAGCCCGGCGAAUGUGGAAGCAGCAAGGCUGUGGAGGGAUGAUCCAAAGGAAUUCAAGAAACGAGUCAGGAAGUGCGUUAGGGACAGUCUUGGGGAGGACUAG